AAAUUUUUAUUCGUACUUUAUCCUCCAGAUAAAGCCAAAUGUCUCGAUGAUAAAGUCCCCGUUUUUUCCUAUCGAUCAUCGUCAUUACAUAACCACUCUUAUCACCGGUAAUCUCAGCGUAGCUGGAUUGUGACUCCCAGGUAAGAGGCGUUCCCAAUCCCUGGAAUCCCAAGGGACCCCCUAUAAAUCUCUUCGACCUACGUCAAGUCCCCCGAACUGGCCCAAGUAAACAAUGACUGGAGUCGAAACCCUCGAUGACGUCAGAGUCCACAGGCAAACAGCGAAUAUCAAUGAUGACUGAUAAGCAAACAUCACUGACUGUGACCAAAAGGAAACCUAACGGGGAAAGAGGGUCGAAACUUCUGUUUCCUUCUGGAGCAUUCGUACUGCGGCUUUCCGUGACUCAUCAACACUCUUUCGAGACGCAGUUGCACGAUUCAGUGCAUAGGAAACGUCAGACACAACUACUAAAUCAAACUAUUACAUUCAAAUUAAAUUAUGGAGCGGUAAACAGAUACCUUCAACGGAAGAGGAUAAUUUUUUUUAUCGGUGUGAAUGAGAUUACCCCAGCACUUCUCCAUUUCCCAAUCCGUAAAAACUAAUUAGAAUUUUUAAUUUGAACGUUUCUUCACAUUUUGGAGUAGAAUUACAUGUACAGUAUUUUUUAAAGAAUCCUAGUAUCCAAAAUUAUAACGAACCUCUAGAUGGCACCACACGAAAAUUUCGGACUCCGGUGAAUUGACGCCACAGGGGUUUCCAACCCGUUAAAAAAUUGUUAGAGAUGAAUAAAGUACUAUUGAACAAUA